AUGCCUAUUAAUAAGCUAGUUACUGAUAAAGAUAGUGCAGUUUCAGUUCAAUGUAAAAACAAAGUUGAUGUCACGCGAGUGAAAUCAAUUUUAUCUGAAAAACUUGGUGAUAAAUUUGACGUGAAUUUGCAGUGCCUAAAGUUUCCUAAAGUAAAAGUUGUAAAUGUGGUCACUGAGUUAGACAAACAAAAUUUAAUUGACGACAUUUAUAAUCGUAAUUUUUUGGACUUCGACGGUGGUUUUAAUGUGCUCUCGGAUCACAUGAAUAAAUCUGGUAAAUGUGUAUUGGUGCUUGAACUGUCACCGGAGGCAUCUGUAUCGAUAAAAGCAAACGGUUUCUUCAUCUAUGUUGCACAUCAAAGAUGCAGAGUAUUUGACGUCUUUGAUGUUAAUUUAUGCUACAAAUGCUGCCGAUCUAACCAUAGUUAUAAAAAAUGUUCCAAUGAUGUUAAAUGUGCAGUUUGUGCAGGAGGUCAUGAAACCAAGUCAUGUAAAAGUUCCGAAUUCAAGUGCUUAAACUGUGUAUACUACAAUAAAAAGUUUAAUAAAAAUCGGUGUACAAACCACAAAGCUACAGAUGCUAGUAAAUGUGAAUACUUAAAAUACAAAGUAAAUAAGUACAUUGCAUCAGUUGAUUACCCAGUUGAACCUAUUUUACCGACACUAUUAUGCCAUGUCAAUAAAGCUGAUGGUUUGGUGAUAUAUGUUAAAGCCAAUAUUGAUCAUAAUGUGCUAAUCGAAGAUAGAAAUAACGUUAAAUUUUUAUCAACGGUAAUUUAUACCCAAAAUGGUGAUGUCAUUAAAGUAACUGGUACCUACAUAUCACAUGAUGUCAACAAAGAAUCUUAUAUUGAGACGAUUGAACAAUACAUCGAAGGCAACAAAUCAUCUGUUAAUCAUGUUUUGGCGGCGACUGACAUCAUGAAAGUCACGUUGGGAUUAAGUGAUAAUUAUUUAUUAUGCAGUUCGUGUCGAAACAAAGUUUUAAAAUUGGUAAAGGAACAAACAAAUACUAGUAAUGAUACUACCGUUGAUGCAAGUGAUCAUGAAGAUGAUUCUAGUGAUAACAAUGAGAACAGUGAUGGUGCUGACAGUGAUAGUAACACAACUGCCACAGAUCUCCCGUUGUCCUCAUCAUUCCGUUCCUUGUCGUUUAAUAGUGAACCCAAAGAUUCACAAUCAAGCUCGGCAUCCCAAGUUAGUGCUGCAACUCAAUUACCCAGUAUAAACGAUGCAUUGCGACUAUUAAAUCAAUCGCCAAUUCCUUCAAAAAAAUUGAAUGAUUAUCAAUUUUUGAGUAAUAAAAUAAAUCAGACGUCUGACAGCUUGAAAAAAAUUUUGCUCUCAACUGCUGACGAAGGAUCAAUUGAUGACGAUGGUGAAAAUUUUCGUUCAUUAAUUGAAAAGCUGCACGAUAAAUUCAAUGAUAAAGAAACAGAAAAGUCUUUAAAGAUACAAAUCUUAACCUUGUUACCUGAAAAAUGGGGUGAAAGACGUAUUUGUAAAACUAUGAAUACAUCAAGACAUUUAUCAAGAGUAGCAAAAAAGUUGGUUGAAGAAAAAGAUAUACUUUCAACACCUGAAACAAAAUUAGGUAGGUAUAGGACGACAAUUACUGAUCAAAUAUUAUUGAAAAUUGCGAAUUUUUACAACGAUGAUGAGUAUAGUGCUUUGAUGCCCGGCAUGAAAGACUUUGUUUCAGUUCGAAAUGAUGAUGGUAAUCGGGUACACGUCCAAAAACGGCUUGUUCUGUCUAAUUUAAAAGAACUUUACCAAUGUUUCCGUGAAAUAAACCCUGCAGAGAAAGUUGGAUUUUCGAAAUUUGCUUCGUUACGGCCGAAACAUUGUGUGUUAGCAGGAGCAAGUGGAACGCAUACUAUCUGUGUAUUAAAACCAAGGUGCAGUUUAGAAACUUUUAUACAGCCUACAGAAGAAUUUAUUGAAAACCUUUGUAGUGAAUUGAAAGUUCUUCUACCUCACUCAUUCAUUGCAAAAGAACAAGCUAAGUUUUUAAAAACAUUAAAGGAAACACUAAAACCAAAUGAAUAUGUCAUUAUUUGUGAUUUUGCAGAGAAUUAUGCGUUCGUAGUACAAAAUGCAGCAUCUGGUUUUCACUGGAAUAAUGAUCAGGCGACAGUUUUUCCGUUUAAAAACUUUAAAAAUUUUGUUAAUUUGUACUACCAUGAAGAUGAUUUUGAUAUUCCUGCUGAAUGGCAUUUUUUUGCAACUGCCCAUGGCAAAGGUCCGUGUGAUGGAAUUGGUGGUAUCCUCAAACGACUUGCAGCAAGAGCAAGUCUCCAGCUUGCGGUAGAUAAACAAAUAACAACACCUAUAGGACUUUACGAAUUGACUUCUGAUCCGGAUAACUUGCCAAAUAUCAUAGUCAAGUUUUCUCCAGAAGAAGACUAUAAUACAGCAUUGAACGACUUGAAUGACAGAUUUACAAAAACGAAACCAAUUGUAGGAACUCAACAACUACAUUGUGUAAUCCCCGACAAAAAUGGUUGUUUGUAUGUAAAAAAAUUCUCAAACUCUAAUGAACAUAGAAUUUGUAAAAUAUUGAAACGCCAGAGAGAACAUUAAUGAUUAAAUUAUUAUAUUGUUUUUGUAAAAUCAUUAAAAAUUAACAAUAUUAAUUAAUAAGCUUAGUAUUUACUAUCGUUUUAUAAGCUUAUAAAUUAAGGAUAUUAUACCACA